GCAACUGUUAAUCUGCAUACAUACUUACAUGUAUAAGCAAUUAAGUGCAGCUAACACAUAUAUAGCAGCAUACAAAUUUUAAUAAAAAAAACAACAAGUUAAAAGCAAUAUUUGUAUCAAAAAGUGCGAGCGAAAAUUUGCUAAAAAAACAUCAAGAAAGACAAGCAAAGUUUAAGUAAAAAAGUGUGCGAAAAAUCUGUGACGGCAAAAAUCGCAGUUUGACAGACAUUUUUAACUACCGUUAAUCUGAAAUUGUUUGCGUGGCCACUCAUCUAUUGCAGUUCGGCGACAGCAAGCAAAUGUGCACAAAAACAACAUUCAGUAAACAAAUUUUUUGAAAAAACUACCCACUGGUGGAUUCUAAAACUCAAACCGAAUACAAGUGUAGCCAAAGCAGGAUUUCCUCAGUGCCAAAAGCGUGUCGAGCAAAGUGAAUUCGCCACAAUUAACGCCAAAAGCAGGUGAGAAGCGUGAAAAAGAAAGUGCUUACCCCGCCCCCACAGGCGAACAGCGACAGUUUUUCGUUUCUCAUAUGCACACAUGCCUGUAUGUGUGUAAGUGUGUGGUGAUUUGAUAAAAAGUGAAAGGAUUUUUUAUUGCUCCAAAUAACUGUGUAAGACAGGCAGCCUCGCAAGCGGCUCGACUGUCACAAGAAACAAUUGUUGUUUUCAAUAAUUUAACUCGCUAAACAUAUGUAUGUACAUAUGUACCGUAUGCAACUAAUACAUACAUAUGUGUGCAAUAAUAUACUUAACACUUGAUAUAUAUUAGUGCAUGUCUAUAGGUAUAUACAUACAUAGAAGUUUGCUGGUUUGCCGAAGCGGUCAUACGAAUACCGCCUACACCCCCACAACGCGUAAACGCCGCGUAUCAGCAGCAACAGCAACAACAAAAAACCUGCAAAACAGUGUUGAAUGGACGCAUGAAUGAAUUGCCACACACGACUAUAUACUUACAUACAUACAUAUAUGUAUAUGACAGCAAUAAAUGAAAAUAUUUGCACAUACCAACAACACACACGCUAGUGUAUGUGCCGUUAGAUAGCAACUUUUAGUGACGUAUUUGUACGCAUACGCUGCUGAUAUCAGCCGCCCGGUCACUUCUCUGCAUAUAUUUAUUUAUAUUGUUUUUGUUUUUGUUUCUGGCUAACGCUGCACUCGUUGCUCCUCGACAAUACGUGUACGCGCAAAUUUGUUAUCGAUUUAUUGCGCGCAACAGCAGCAAACGCACACAGACACAUACACCCACAUAUUCUAUAUUCUACAACAACCACAUAACUGUGUAUUACUAGUACGGGAAUUUGCAGCCUGUGUGACUUCAAUUCAAAUAACUCACGUCAAAUGUACGUCACACACUUUGCCGGCUUGCUAUACCGUUAUCCUAACCACGGCCAUUGCCACCUAGUGUAGCGCCAGCAAUUCGUGAAAUUUUUGCCGUUCGUGUCUAAUUCGCGUGUGACAAUUCCAGUUGUGAAAGUCGAAAGUGCAAAGAACAAACCCAAGUGUUUGACAACAACAACAACAAUAAUAACAAAAAAUAUAUAAAAUACAUUUUAGCCAACAAGCAAAAGCCGUUUAACUUAAAGGUCCUGCAAGUGUUGUGCAAGUAAAGUGUGCCGUAAUACACGCACACGUAACAACAACAACAACAGUAAAGUUCGUUGAAUUCUUCUAUUAGUGCCAUUCAUAUCCAGGUGGCGUAGCCCCUGGAACCCCAUCAGCGGCCAUGAUCAUGGAAGGGCUUGAAACCCUUGUGGCGCCAUCGCAUCACGCAUUCCUACUAACCGAAUCCGCCGCCGCCGCACACUUCAAUGUGCUGAGCUUCGAUACGUGUCUCUUUAAGACCACCGCACAGACUAGUCCCUCGACCGCGGCCACAUCAGCGGCCACCUAUCUCAGCACCCCAUCACAUACAUUUGGCGGUGGCCAUUUGGGCGCCGCCCAAACGCUACUCCACUACAAUCUCUCGACGGCGAAUAACAAUCAUCAGACGGCCAUCGCGUGCGGCAGCAGCAGCAGCAGCAGCGCGUGCAAUACACCGACCAACAAUAAUAUAGCUACCGCCGCGGCAGCAGGCACAAAUUCAGCACUGAGCGCUGCUAUUUCGCGCACAAAUUUCACGCGUAUCGGUGUUGCUAACAACAAUAACAACAACAACAGCAGCAGCAAUAGCAACAGCAGCAAUAACAGCUGUAAUACAGUAGCGACCGCAGUGCAGCAAGCGAACGCAGCGCUAACAUCACCUACCCUCGCGGCAGGCGCCGUCACAGCAGUCAACAAUACAAAUAAUAACAGUAAUAAUAGUGGACGCAAUUCUGCUACACAUUUGAGUCUGCUCAAUACCGCACAACACAGUCCGAGCAGUCACGCGGCAGCCAGUUUAGGUGGCGUCGUCGCCACUCCCAACGGCGUAGACAUCGCGAGCGGCGUGGUUAAGCAGUCGCAGCAGUCAUUGCCGUCGGACGCGCAGUGCGGUGAUACGCAGACGGGCGAUCUGAAUACGCCCGUCACCACAUCCAACGAUAUUCCAUCAUUCUUCGGACCAUCAACCAUUGUUGAGCCGCCACCCAUUACAGGUUCCAUCGAAUCCGAGGAUUUGUCCCUCGAACCCCAGCCCACGACCAGUCCGGUGCUGUGCAGUCCAUUGAAGGAGGAGCGCAGCACGCCGCCAGCUUUGGCAAUUGUCAAGGAAGAAACAAGUAAUAAUAGUUGUACCAUGUACCCUACACAUCUAAGUCAGAAUCAGACAACAACAACUACAACAUCAGCAACAAGCACGACAUUAUGUAAUAAUAACGCCAAUACAAGUACACAAAACAAUACACAACAACAACAACAGCAGCACCAUCAAAGCCAACAUCACCAUCAACAGACACAUCACACACAACACCACCAACAACAUGCCGGCCAACACUCACCACACCACCAUCACCCGUAUCAGCAUCAGCAGCAGCAACAUCACUUACAACAACAACAAAACCAAAUAACACACCACAAUACCUUACACCAACAACACUUGCAACACAAUAGUCAUCAUGCACACCACCAGCAACAGCAACAACAACAACACCACACACAUUAUCAGCAUACGGCGCAUAGCCUUCAUCAACCACACGCCCAUCAACACCACCAUCACCAACAACAUCAACAACAACAACAGCAUGCGCAACAACACCAACAACAGCAGCAACAACAACAACAACAACAAACGCAUGCAACUAGCAAUAGCAAUAGCGGCAAAAUAUCAUAUCGUGGCAUUUUCACCACUACAGGUAAUACAGCAAUGAGCGGCCUGCAUUCCGCAGCCGCCGCAGCCGCUGCCGCUACCCAGCAACAGCAGCAGCAACAGCAACAACAACAGCAGCAGCAGCAUCAGCAAGCUGCGCAACAACAGAUUGGUUCGCCACAAUUGAGUGUGCUGCCUGGACAAAUGUCACCACCGUCCGCCGGUCUUGGCAAUAGUUGGGGUCUACCCAGCCCCGAUAAGACACUCUUCCAACCGCCCAUAUUCAGUUUACUUGGACCCGGUCCACAGAGCACAGCGCAAGCGCAUUAUGCCGCCCAACAAAAUAUGGCCCAGCCAUCGUCCACUCCCUCACCCUCCCAUCACAUGCAUACCGCCGGCUACGAUGAUGGGCGCGCGGCUGCGCAACAUGUCGAGUUGCUCGGCCUUAACAUGGACUGCUCGCCGAUUAUAUUGAAACAGCCGCCACCAAGCUAUAGCAGCACCAGCAGCUUCACCAGCCUAGCUGACAUGCAACAAGCGCAAGCCAAUCAUGAGCUGCAACAAUACCGCCAACAAAUAUCUGUUGCCGCGACCAAGUACCAGUGGCUGGAUUCGCCGGCCGAAUACGGUGGCGCGCAACAGUCUUUGGUUGUGCCUGGGCCGUCAUCCGCUACCUCUUCCGCAGCCGCAGCGUCCGUAAUUGGUGGCAUAAUUCCAAAGCAAGAGGCCUACUCGGAUCCCACACCGCCGCACCAUAUGCAGCCGCCAUCAUCGCAAGGCAACCAAUCUGGCUACUCUGUUGUGCAGCUAGCUGAAUACAGUCCGUCGACGAGCAAAGGUCACGAAAUACUGUCACAAGUAUAUCAGCAAAGCACCAUGCCGCUCAAAUUGGUGCCUGUGAAGCCACGCAAAUAUCCGAAUCGGCCCAGCAAAACCCCUGUGCACGAACGCCCCUACGCCUGCCCCGUGGAGAAUUGCGAUCGGCGUUUUUCGCGUUCCGACGAACUUACCCGCCACAUACGCAUACAUACCGGUCAAAAACCCUUCCAGUGUCGCAUUUGCAUGCGCUCUUUCAGCCGCUCGGAUCACCUCACAACGCACAUACGCACGCACACAGGUGAAAAACCCUUCUCAUGCGACAUCUGUGGUCGUAAGUUUGCGCGCUCUGACGAAAAGAAACGCCACGCCAAAGUGCACCUCAAACAACGCAUUAAGAAAGAGUCCAAGCUGAGUCAACAACAACAGCAGCAGCAACAACAACAAGCGGCCGCCGCAGCAGCAGCAGCGGCUGCACAACAGCAACAGCAACAGCAACAUCAUCAUCAUCACUCAGCCCAUCACAUGCUUCAUUCCGGCGAUUUGCCUAUUGUGACGAGUAGCGCCACUAGCUUGUAGGCCGAAACAAAUUCAUCAUCGAAUGAUUCCAUUGCACGAACAACUCCGCCAUCAUCGUUGACAACAACACCGCUAAUGGUGCAGGACUGGCAUGCGGAGCUUUCAUCGCCCUUCUCACCCAAUACACCGCUGGACGUAAUGCCCACAGCGGAACUUUCAUUGCGCGGCAAUCGUAGUGAGAUACCGCCUACGGCUUUCCCCUUCCCCUUAGACAUAUUUGGUGAAUAUACUGAAAUGCCCGAAGACAGCGACUUAACCGAAGAUGAUGCAUUAUUGGGUAGUGAAGAUUACGAUAUGGAAGAAUAUGAAGAAGCCGAAUCGGAACUGGAUAUUGAGCUGAACACGCGCAACACCAACAACAGCGCCAUCAGCACUGCUGAAGCGUCUACAAACACCACUUCCAUCAUACGUAUGAAAAGCGAUAGCACAAAUGCAUUGUCCGUACAUCGGGUUGGCAGUGAAACUGGCAAUGAGUCUGUUGGCAAUAUACCGAUGGCCAUAUUGAGUGGUCUCAACGCGCGUAGUGCAUCAGUGGGCAGCAACCAGGAUAUGGUAAUAGUAUUUCUUACACAGUAAUGCUAACAUUUAUAGAUUGAUAUUUUGAAAAACCUUAUACAUACAUAUUUGUCAAAGUGUGGUGAAUCCCUAGAAAUUAAUUGUUGAAAUGUAUAUAAUGGCACUUGGUAGGUGACAAGUAAUGGCUGAAAAGCUUUAAAGCUUUGUAUAUGCAAAAUCACUUUUCCACUUUUGAUCUGUUGUUAUAUUUUCGAGCUUCAAGUAAGAGUAAAGUAUUUAUGUUGCCAUGUUUUCAUACUUAUUUAUUGGCGACGCUAAAAGUUCUUACACUGUGUGUAGUUUAAAGUAGAAGCGAAAGCUUUAGAAUAAAAAUGUUUCCAAAACACUUUUAACGUUAACUUUUAUUUUUAUUUGUACAAAAUAAAGUAUUUGCGCAUUUUCCAUAAAUGUGCUUUUGAAUUACUAGUGAAAGCUUCGAAAGCUUUUAAAAAUAGCUUUGUUGGUUUAAAACUCAAAAAUAUGUCAACGGCAGCGCAGUUUGCUCGUGUUAUCUUAUCAAGACAUAAAUAAAAAAUGAAAAAAUCAUUUUUUUUUAAUGUGAUGGUAUUGAAAAGAGAAUUUGUUAUUUUCACAAACAUCAACUGCCAAUUGCCAAUAUAUAGCUUUUUCACAAAAAAUUUUGUGAAAUCAAACAAACCACAAAACACAUACAAUUCUGAUUUACCGCACUAAUUAAGUCAAAAAUGCUAUAAAAUCUUGGAAAACAAAUCUGAAAACAACUCUACUAUAAAAUCACAUGCGUGCGAAACACUCGAUGAUGAUUUCAAUAUGAAAUAUUUUGAAAUAUGAAAAAUAACUGAAAAAAGCAACAGAUAUGUAUUUAAAAUUAGAUAUGUUAAAUUAAACAAAUAUACAAAACAAACAUAGUUAAGCUAAUUAAAAAACCAUGAAACACGAAAACAAAUUCGCUGGAAUUUGAGAAAAACUCAAAGAACAAAUUUAAGAAACUAAUAGAAGUUAUAUUAAAAACGCU